AAUGUGCAAUAGGUGUGUAAUGUGUGUAAUAGAAUUAUUAGAACAAAAAUAAAAGUGACACAUCUAAUAAGUUGAACAACUGUCAAGCUAGGCUCAGCCCAGAUUAUAUAUUUGUCACCAAAAGCUUCAUUUGGAAAAUGGAAAUCCUCAAAGGACAGCAACUUGUGAACAAAGAAAAGGUUCAAGUCUCGGCUGAUGAGGCUUUGCAAGACAAAGAAAUUGUAGCAUUCUACUUUUCUGCUCACUGGUGUCCACCAUGCAGAAUGUUCACUCCCAUACUUGCCGAUUUCUACGAAGAGGUGAGGAAUGACGAUCUUCCUUUGGAGGUCAUUUUUGUCUCUUCUGAUCGUUCCGAAGACGCUCUGUUCGAUUAUAUGGCCGAAGCUCACGGAGAUUGGCUAGCUGUGCCUUUUGGCUCCAACAUUGUCGAGCAAAUUAAAAAGAAGUUCGAUAUUAGAGGAAUUCCGUCACUCGUCAUUGUGAAAAAAGAUGGAACUGUAGUUACUAGUAAUGGAAGAUCCGAUGUAGAAAAAAAAGGUGCAGCUGCUGUCAAAGAGUGGAUGAAAUGAGUUUAAGUUGAAAUGAAUUGUUAAAUAAAUUAAUAUUAAGUUUUUAUAUUUUAAAUGCAUUAAACAUUGAAUUUAUGCCAUGUUUACUUAAAGAUAUUUGUUGGUUUUUAACUGUGACUUUUCAUUUAUUUCUUAAAUUAUGCAAAAAAAAUAAAAAAUCUCACACUAAAUAGUACAUUAUUCUACCUAAAUAUUGAAUAAA